UUAAAGUGGAAAGCCUCAACGUUGCAUUGUACGUUGCAAAAAGUACGACGAUGAUCUUCGCGUGGCUGGUGGACAAAAGAAGCGCAGAGGUGGUGUUGGGGGGUGAUAUUUAUAAAUUGGAGUUCAAGCCUUGGCUUACUAAUGCACAGCUGAGGGAGCAGCGACGACUAGAGGAAAUUACGACCUUCUGGGUCAUCGCUGUUCAAGUCCCUCUGGAUGCCAUGUUCUACCUGGAGUCGCAUAUACGACGAGCCAUCGGCCCUGUCACGAUGACGCACCCGCCAGAGCGAGACCGUCUUAAACCAGCCUUGGAGACGAACUGGUGGUCAAGCUCGCAUCAUCAGAUACUCCACGCCGCCGCAAAUGCCGAGCGUUCUUUCACUUCCCAGAGGAAUGUAGAAGGGGAGGUCGUUCACACCAACAGCAGGGCAGUGCUGGAGGACAAGGUGGUAGAGAAGAAGCGGCUCAAGAGGGCGGCCCACUGGGCAGAGGAGGUAACAGCGGCCCACUCGUCGAUGGGAGGAGUAGGCAACCACAUACCAGAUAUGAACUUCGCGAGUAUCUACCAGAAUCCAGGCUUCAUGGCGCCACCUCAGGCCACCCAACCUAAUGUUUUUCUGGCCCAGCUGUUUCAAGAAAUGGCACUCGCUCAAUCAGGCGGAGUCUUCCCAGUAGCACAGCCAUCCGGAGUCUUCCCGCCGAUGGCCCAGCCGAGCUACACAUGUGGUUUCCAACCUUAUCAAGGCAUGCAGAACACGCUUCGCCCUACCUGUCUCUUUCCGAGAGGAGGGCAAGGGAACCCACAGGAUGGCUUCAGAGGAGAUCCGAGCACCAGUCAGACACCUCCAGGAUUCGAUCGACCUGGAUCGGCCUCACUCGGAGGGAGGAUCCCAGGAAGUACCCCCGGGAAGCAAAGAAGGGUGGACAGCGAAAGACAAGAAAUGCAAAGGGAGGACUCGGCCUCCUCCACUCCAAGAUCAGAGGGUUCGGGAGAUCGGGUUACAAUGAUAGGUACACCUGGUAUGAAAACCACAAGAAGUCGCACGCCAACAACCUUGAGCCGAGGACAAUUGGAGAUCAUCGAGAAUAGAAUUCUGCCGAUCAUAUGUCUCGCGGUGAAAGAGAAUAUCUCGGUGAUUGCGUGGAGCAGUGGAGAUGGAGCCUCGGACCUGUUCAGCACAGCUUCCCCAGAUCAGCCGAUGCCAACCGCGGUGACUAGUAUCAUUCAGGCGGCUGUGAGGGGAAAGUUUCUGGUCCGACUGAUUUCGGACAUACCGAUGGGUAGAUUCAUCCUGGACUUAGCGAAUGGGAGGAAGUUGAAGUUCUUCGUCCCAAUCCUCGACGCUCGCAUGGAGACGACACAGCUGGCUAAACUAGAACAAGAGGGGAUGAGACUUCUACCGCUCUGCUGGUUCGCAGAAGGAAGAAGACAAGAACUCUGAAGAAUUAGAGUUCCUCCAUUCCGAACUGGAGACUUUUGGCAGAACUAAAUGGCAAGCUGUCGAGAGACACGAAACUCAAUUCCAAGU